GAGGUCAGGAUCCGCUAAUGGGGCCACUGAAGAGGAGGCACCGAGCAGAAACAUACAUUACAUACACUAGAGUACCAUCAGCAUAGGGAUUUAUAUUAUCUACUCGACACUUGGAAACUAUAAAAGAAAUAAACUAAACUAUUGGAGAAAAUCUUUGCCUUCACUGGGCCAUCUGCUUGUUUGGAAAGAAGUACAACCGAGUCGCGAUCUGCACAAAUAUCUGAAACAUGCCUCAAAAAGAGUACUAUAACCGGACCACGUGGGAGUCUGGUGUAGCGUCCAUGAUGCAAAACAGACAAGAGGUGUCUGACAUCUGUACAGAAGGUCACAGCGGGGUGAACCAGCUCGGCGGAGUGUUUGUGAACGGCAGACCGCUACCCGACUCCACGAGACAGAAAAUAGUGGAGCUCGCGCACAGCGGCGCGCGCCCCUGCGACAUAUCCCGGAUCCUGCAGACCCAUGCUGAUGCAAAAGUCCAAGUGCUGGACAAUGAAAACGUCUCUAACGGCUGCGUGAGUAAGAUUUUGGGCAGAUACUACGAAACCGGCUCGAUCCGACCCCGCGCAAUCGGCGGCAGUAAACCGCGAGUAGCCACACCUGAAGUGGUCGGCAAGAUCGCCCAGUUUAAGAGGGAGUGCCCGUCCAUUUUUGCCUGGGAAAUCCGGGACAGACUGCUUUCGGAGGGCACCUGCACGAACGACAACAUACCAAGCGUGUCGUCCAUAAACCGAGUGCUGCGCAACCUGGCUAGCGAGAAGCAACAGAUGGGCGCAGAUGGCAUGUAUGAAAAGCUGAGGAUGCUGAACGGACAGACAGGAGCGUGGGGGACCCGACCAGGCUGGUACCCUGGAUCAUCGGUGCCGGGACAGCCGAACCAAGAAGGCUGUCCGCAGUCAGAUGGAGGCGGUGAGAACACAAACUCAGUAAGCUCAAACGGGGAAGAUUCAGAUGAGGCCCAGAUGAGACUUCAGUUAAAAAGAAAACUGCAAAGAAAUCGUACAUCUUUUACCCAAGAGCAGAUCGAAGCACUUGAGAAAGAGUUUGAAAGGACGCACUAUCCAGACGUUUUUGCACGAGAGAGACUUGCUGCAAAAAUCGACCUACCGGAGGCCAGAAUCCAGGUGUGGUUCUCAAAUCGAAGAGCAAAGUGGAGGCGGGAGGAAAAGCUGAGGAAUCAGAGAAGACAAGCUAAUAACUCCUCCAGUCACAUACCUAUCAGUAGCAGCUUCAGCACAAGUGUAUAUCAGCCAAUCCCUCAGCCCACAACGCCAGUGUCUUUUACAUCAGGCUCCAUGCUCGGACGGCCAGACACAGUGCUUACCAACACAUACAGUGCCCUGCCACCCAUGCCAAGCUUUACAAUGGCCAAUAAUCUGCCUAUGCAAGCAAGCCAGACCUCAUCCUACUCCUGCAUGUUGCCCACCAGUCCUUCGAUAAAUGGGCGGAGCUACGAUGCCUACACACCCCCUCACAUGCAAGCACACAUGAACAGCCAAUCAAUGGCAACUUCGGGCACAACCUCGACGGGUCUAAUCUCGCCCGGAGUGUCUGUACCGGUACAAGUGCCAGGCGGCGAACCUGACAUGUCCCAAUACUGGCCGAGGCUACAGUGAGAGGAGCUGAGGAGUGCAGAGAAACAGACGUGACCUCCUGUCCUCUCUCAGCUGCAAGGCGAAGCAGUUCAGCAGUAUUUCACUACACAACAGAGAAGUGACUCUAAAAGGACCUGUGUUCUUUUGUAUGGAGGAUAGUGCCACUUCUCUAGCGUUCUCCGGACACAAAGACUCAAAGCAUCAAUGGAGAACAGACUCUGUGUAAAGUGCCCUGUGUUAUAUCGUAAAAAAGAUGGAACAAAAAUCUCUUUUCAGUUUCCAGUAAUUUUGAUGUGUUUGUAAAUGAGCAAUUGUAUAACAUAAAAAGAAAUGAAGAGCAGUGGAUGGACUGUCAAUCUGAGUUGGUAUUGCAUCUGUGGAAGGAAUGACAUUCACGCCAGCAUUUCUGCCAUGCUUCUUUUGUUCCAUUAUUGGUUUAAAUCAAGGACUUCUGACUGUCUUUGUAAUGAUUGUGGACCUGUAGUAACAACAGUUUUGUUCCAAGGCAACCGUGACUGCACAAAGUUUACAAGAAGCCAAUUUAUUUGUUUGUUUCCAAAGCUUGCUGGCAGAAAAAAGUAUAUGUGGAACGCUUUGAAUGCUGAAAAAGAAAAAAACAAACAAAAAAACUUUUGGUAACUUUUGGUUAAACAGUAGAUUGUGUCUUGGAUAUAAUUCAAUUUUUGUUUAUGUUGAAAUGUAAGUAUUUGUCUUCCCUAGAGGUCUCC